AGUUUGAAGACUCCUCCUGUCCUAUGUUGUGCCUUGCAUUUGUGAAGUGGUCUUUUUGUGCAUGUGAUUUAUAAGAUGAACCACCUUCCUUCUUGUUUCUUGAUUCUCUUCUCCAGUUAUUUGACCUGGUGUACCGAGAGGAGACUUUGUUGAAUGUCAUCAAAAGCGUCACACGGAACGGGAGGUCCAUUAUUCUGACGGCGGUCCUAGCUCUCAUCCUGGUCUAUCUCUUCUCCAUUGUUGGCUUCUUGUUUCUGAAGGAUGACUUCAUAAUGGACGUGGAAAGGUUGAAAAAUAGAACAUCCCUUACAGACAGUGGCACCGACUCUACGACAAGCUUAACAAUGAUGGUGGAAACGUGUUCAAGAGAGAACUGCACACUUCCAACUCUCAAACCAGGUGAAGACGGCGACAAGGACGGGAUGGAGAGAACCUGCGACACUUUGUUGAUGUGUAUUGUGACUGUGUUGAACCAGGGGCUGAGGAAUGGCGGAGGCGUGGGGGACGUCCUUCGGAAGCCAUCCAAAGAGGAGCCGCUGUUUGCUGCUCGGGUGGUUUAUGAUCUCCUGUUUUAUUUCAUCGUCAUCAUUAUCGUGCUGAAUCUCAUUUUCGGAGUCAUCAUCGAUACCUUUGCAGAUCUCAGGAGUGAAAAGCAAAAGAAAGAAGAGAUCUUAAAGACAACCUGUUUCAUCUGCGGGCUUGAACGAGACAAGUUUGACAACAAGACGGUUUCAUUCGAGGAACACAUCAAGUCAGAACACAACAUGUGGCACUAUCUGUAUUUUAUCGUUCUGGUCAGAGUGAAAGACCCAACGGAAUAUACUGGACCUGAAAGUUAUGUGGCCCAAAUGAUUGCGGAAAAAAACUUAGAGUGGUUUCCUCGGAUGAGAGCCAUGUCUCUGGUCAGCAACGAAGGGGACAAUGAGCAGAACGAAAUCAGGAACCUGCAAGACAGGCUGGAGUCCACCAUGAUUCUGGUCAAGCAGCUCUCCGGCCAACUCGCUGAGCUUAAAGAACAGAUGACAGAACAAAGGAAAAACAAACAGAGGCUGGGCUUUUUGGGCUCCAACGCUCCUCACGUGAACCAUCACUCGUCCCCCCACUGAUAAACCACCCCAGGAUUGUGACACAGCCUUUCAUCCCUGUUCUUCCCUGGAUCACAAGGCGGAAGAGCUUGAACAUUGUGCCCCAGUUUUUUCAACGGAGUGCCAAAAUGCGAAGUGGUUUUGCUCCGAGAACAAGCUGUAACAGCGUUUUACGAUCGAAAGGAGCCAGGGUGGGGCUUAACCUCCCAUUUACAGAUCAUGCAAAGCAGGCCAUACAUCUUCCUCUUUGCUCAAUAAACCAGCAAAUUCAACAAGGGAGGAUCUGUGUCGAUGCUCUCACUUUUCAGUUGAGAUUAUUUUAUUUUUUCUUUAAAGAUAUAUAUCUGUUUUUCUCCAGAGGCCGGCAGGGAAGAAGCCAAAAAUCAGUCCAGUUGUUUGGAUGCCAUUCUAAAAAAAAGAUAAAUAAAUGUUCUAACUCCAGCCAUUGUUGGUGAGCACAACGUGCAGCAGAUUUUAAAAGUUCCUUUUGGGUUGACCCCAGGCUCACUGGCUAAGACGCUGAGCUUGUCCAUCAGUUCGGCGGUU